AUGAAUACAACGAAAAGCGCCAAUACUAAGAGACUGUACAUUGGUAAUCUAGAUGAGAGCAUCAAUGAGUAUGCUAUUAUACAACUUUUCAAACCAUUUGGUAAAAUUACAUUUAUUGAAGUUAUGGUGCAUUGGACUGGUGAGAAGAAAGGACGGUCAAGAGGCUUUUGUUUCUUGGAAUAUGAAACGAAAGAGCAAGCAUUGGAAGCCAUCAGCAACUUGCACGGAAAAACGAUUAAAGGUAAAUCUUUGGUGGUAUCAUUUGCUCAUAUGACACCUGAGCAAGAUGAAGCGAAAAAACGAGGUCAAGCAUCACAUCACAAACCUACUACGCUAUCACUAUUGAAAGGCCAAAGGCUGAAAAACGCAAGCACGGAUGCAAAGAUUCGAGCCAUUGAAAAAAAAUUGGACUUACUGAAACGAUCUACGCUAUCGCCAUCGGCCUCGCCACCACCAGCAUCACAAACAACAACAAAGGCGCCCAGCAAUGCGUCUUCAAAGAGUACGUCUAAAAUUCAAAAUCGGUAUCAUCCUUAUUAA